UUAUCCUUUUUAUAUAACCUCCUCCUACCUUUCUCCACUAUAACCUUUUUUGCCCACUUCUUUCUUGUGCUGCAACUGUCUCUCUCUUGGAAGUUAAAGCAGCACUAAAAGUGUAAUCAAUGGCUGCAACAACUGGGUCAAUCUUUACGUCUUCAACACAAUUCUUUUCAAGCGCGAGGUCGGUUUCUUGUAGUAAUGGAACUAGCCCAUCUAUUUCAAGCACACUUGGUAGUAGUUUUACUGGUGCUUCUUUGCGGAGGAGUCCUUCAAAGAAGAAGAAAUCAGUCAAGAUUAGUGGAAAAGUGAGUGCUGCAGCAACCAUUGCGACCGCUCCCUCUGAAGAAAUUAAAGAGUAUACACGUCCUAGCUGGGCGAUGUUUGAACUCGGGAGGGCUCCUGUAUAUUGGAAAACCAUGAAUGGCCUUCCUCCUAUGGCUGGAGAGAAGUUGAAGCUUUUCUACAAUCCCAAAGCAACUAAACUUACUCCAAAUGAGGAUUUCGGAAUUGGUUUUAAUGGAGGUUUCAAUCAGCCCAUUAUGUGCGGCGGUGAACCUAGGGCAAUGCUUAGGAAAACUCGCGGCAAGAAUGACUCCCCAUUCUAUACCAUCCAAAUAUGCAUACCAAAGCAUGCUAUGAACGUGAUCUUCUCAUUCACGAACGGAGCUGAUUGGGAUGGUCCUUACAGAAUACAAUUUGAAGUUCCUAAAGCUUGGAGAAAUAAACCAAUUGAUUUUUUCAAUCAGGGUCUGGCAGAUGAGUUGAGUAAAGAAGGUGCCUGUGACAAAGCAAUUUUUCCGGACACAGACAUUGUGGUCGAUAGAUGUGCCAUAAUUGCUAAUUUGAGUGUUGAAGGGGGUGAUCGAUGCGAUCUGAAUCUCGUUCCAGGAUGCAUGGAUACAAGCUCUCCCCUUUAUGACCCACUUGCCAAUGUAGAUGAUGGAUCCUGCCUGAUUGAUAGCGAUUUAGAGGACUAAUUUCACCCUAUCUAUACCCUCUCAAUUAGUUAUAUAGCAGCUUAUACAUUUACAAAGUCACAGAUAUCUUCACUAAAAUUGCGGAUUGCAGUUCAGGUAUAUAUCCAAGCUUGGUUCAGCUCUGUUUUUGUAAA